AUGAAACUGAACCCUGCAAAGUGUAGAUUCGCGGUGGCAUCAGGAGAAUUUCUUGGGUACCUAGUCAUGCGUCGUGGGAUCGAAGCCAAUCCUAAGCAGAUAAACGCGUUAAUAGAGAUGGUCUCGCCAAGGACAAAACGGGAAGUCCAAAGGCUAACCGGAAGAGUUGCGGCCUUUAACCGUUUCAUCUCGCGCUCAACGGAUAAGUAUCUUCCUUUCUACGACACACUGAAAGGGAAUAAGAAGUUCGAAUGGUCGGAGGAAUGUGAGAAAGCUUUCCAACAGCUAAUACGUUACCUAGCCACUCCUCCCGUCCUCGCAAAACCAGUGGAGGGAGAACCCUUGUUCCUGUACAUCGCAGUCUCCACAACAGCGGUAAGCGGUUUUUUGAUUAGAGAGGAACAUGGUGAGAAAAAAACAAUCUUCUACAUAAGCAAAAUGUUACUGGACGCUGAGACCCGGUAUCCCCUGAUGGAGAAACUAGCAUUCGCAGUUGUGACAUCGGCAAGGAAACUCCGGCCGUACUUUCAGUUGCAUACCAUAAUAAUCCUCACCACCUUCCCGCUGCGAACGAUCUUGCACAGUCCGAGUCAGUCAGGACGACUCGCAAAAUGGGCAAUCGAACUAAGCGAGUACGACGUGGAGUACCGCCCAAGAACCUGCGCAAAAUCUCAAGUACUAGCGGACUUCUUGGUAGAAUUGCCCAUGGGGGAUAUGACAAACACGGAACCGGACUCAACCUGGAUCCUUCACGUCGACGGAUCAUCGUCCAAACAAGGAUCCGGGAUCGGAAUCUGGCUCACGUCUCCGACCGGCGAAGUCUUGGAACAAUCGUUCCGAUUGGAAUUCCAUGCGUCGAACAACGAGGCCGAAUAUGAAGCACUCGUCGCAGGAUUACGAUUAGCCCAUGGGCUUAAGAUCCGCAACAUUCACGCUUACUGUGACUCUCAGUUAGUCGCAAAUCAGUACAGCAGAGAAUACGAAGCGAGGGACGAAAGAAUGGAUGCAUAUCUAAAACUCAUCCAAGACCUCUCCCGAGACUUCAACCACUUCGCCCUCACUAGGAUUCCUCGCUCGGAAAACACUCAGGCGGAUGCCUUGGCCACACUCGCAUCAAGUUCGGAUUCUAGACUAAGACGAGUAAUCCCCGUCGAGUUCAUCGAACACCCAAGCAUCGGACCACCAGUGGUUGCCAAUCUGAUUCGAGCACAAAUCGAAAAUGCGGAGGAAGUCGAAGACCCACCAGAAGAAAACGUGGAUCAGUCGGAAUACGGCUGCGACAGCCCAUGGCUAGAACCAAUCCGAGCAUACAUAAUCAACGGAACGCUUCCCACUGAGAAAUGGGCGGCCCGCAAAAUCAAGACCUUGGCCGCGCGAUAUGUAACGGUAGAAGGAGAAAUAUACAAAUUGAGAUUCUCCAGCCCACUCAUGACCUGCGCCGAAGGCGAAAAAGCAAGAAGAGUAAUGGAGGAGGUUCAUUCCGGAUCAUGUGGGAACCACUCCGGCGGAAGAUCUCUCGCCGUAAAAAAAAAGGCCAUGGUUAUUACUGGCCGACUAUGA